AUGGCGUUGCCAGUCUUCAUUAGAAAAGUAGGACAUGCUUUAAAAUCUGUGGAAGGAACAUGUGAUGUUAUGAAAGCGCUUAAAUGUACAGGAUAUGAUCUCCUAUCCAUGAACCCACUUGGGAUAAUGCAGUUAGAAGAUGCUGAUAAUUUAUGCAGUAUCAUUGGUGAUCUGGAAGUAUGUUUGAAAGAUACUCUUGGUGGGUGUUCAAUUACCGACAAAGUUGGAUGGGUUCCUGUAAUUGAUUCGGCAAAGUUUAUCUGCAAUCGUUUAGAAGAGUACAAAUCGGCGUCUCAUUGUUAUCUAACAAAAGACACUUUUGAAAACUUUAAAAAUUGCACACAGUACUUCCAUAAUGCGGCAUCAUGCAGGUCAUUUGAAACGUUUUUGAAUUGUGUAUUGACACCAAUUAAAAGAUGUAGUUUAAAAGGGGCAGAAAUUCUAAAUGGUUUAUUUACAGCAUUUACUGGAUAUCACAUCCAAAUCAUGAAUUGUUCGUUACCAGACCUACAUCCGAUGAAAACGACAACUCAAAAACCUCAACAAACUACGUCAACGCUUAAGCCCCAACAAGACACAGACAUGGCUAAAGAUACAGAUAAGAGUUUCUUGCAUGACGAAGUGCCAAAGCCAAGGACAGCUACUGUAAAGAAUAUUGCUUCAACAAACGCUAUGUAUGCCUCCAAGGUCGUAUUUAUCAUUUUUGGAAUUAUAAUAAUAUAAUAGUGCAGUUUUAAAGGUCACAAAGUUUUGUUGAAGAGUUUUUAACAGAAACCCUCUGACGAGUUAACUGAAAAUCAAAUCAUUGGGAUGUGGCAUUUAAAUCGACUUUGCUGUUUGCUGCUAUUUACCAUUCUCUUGCAAAAAUCAAAAUCAAAUUUACCCAGAUUAAGGCAUGAUAACUUUAGGGCAAUACGAAGAAAUAGGGCAUUAAUUAUUGUCGUCUAUAAAACAGUUAGCUCCCCUUUAUUAAAACUUUAUUCUAUUCAAAUUAUGUUAGAAAUAUGAAUCAUGUGUUCUUAUGCAUUCGAUCCUUUUUAAGAAUUUGUUAUAUUUUCAUGAAAUUUAUGAUUGUACACAGCUUUCAAAAUCAUUUUUGUACCAAACCGUGUCGUUUAGGCGUAACAAGUGAUAACAUCAAUAUUGUUGGAAAAUUUAUUUAUGAUCAGCAUAUCAUAAAAUCAUGUUGGCGAAACUUGUUGACUCACUCAUUAUGACUGUUGCCGAAUAUUUACAAGCCACCAAAAAUUACUUCCUGUUUCGGGUCAUUUCGAGCAAAUCGGUAACUAUUAGUCUGCACUCAAUCAAAUUAAAAUCAGAUUACAAUUGCGUUUCGUUGUUUUUGUUUUCUGUCUCCAUGGUAGCGAAAAAAAUAAUAUCUAACCAAAAUUAUAAUCUAAUUUCAACUAGUUUGACAUGUAUUAGGCUAAUUGAGAAAAAAGUUUAGUUAAAUUACAUAUCAAUGCACUUACUUUCCCUAUAGUUAAAUAUUAUUAUAUUAUUUUCAAAUUUAGUUAUGAAUAAGAAAUAUGCUGAAAUAGGUCAGUUGUUGAAGAUCGCAUAGCGUGGAACUCUGAGCAACAACAACAUGUUUUUUUACGUUCUGUUUUAAUAUUUAUAUAUAUCGCUCUACAAUUGAUGUAUUAUUCUAACAUUGAAAAUAUUUUGUUUUGUUUAUUGACUGUGGGUUACUCCACCGGUACCAAGGUCAGACUACAUAAAUAUAUUUAAAUUCUGAUUAUGUUAUCUCUGUCGUAGUCUCACAAUUUUUCAAAACUUAACAAUUAUUUACAUUAGAACGUUUGUGUUCGAUUGGUUGAAUUGAAGAACAGGCCUGACCUUAAAAUUCAUCAGAUCAUUGAGCUGGCGAAGUGACACAUAGAAAAAUGUUUCGAGCUUCGCUUCAGUCAAGAUGUUAUUUAACAAUUUUCUCAGUGUAAUAACUUUUCGAUUAUAUUUUCUCUAUAUUUAAUUUAAUAAAUGAAGAGAAGCACUUAUACAGUUCCCUUAUAGAACACAUGAUGUUCCUCUGCGACUGGACUGUCAACUAAGCACACUUUAAAAUUGUAUGUUUAUGUUAUUAUAUAAAAUAAUUGUCAUAGAAUGUUGAACUGUUUUUGUGUUUUGACUCUAAAUGUUAAAUUGUAUUUUUUUUUGAUAGAAAAUAAUGUCAUAUUUAUAAAAUAUACUGAUAUACAGUAAAAGUAAAUUGUACAAGGGUUAUGUUGACAGAUUCAGUACAUGUAUUCUACACGGAAUUUUGGUUUGGCGCAGGCUAUGUGAUAUGCAAUCUAUCUUUUUUAUUUUCUGUUUUUCAGUCUUCUUCGUAAUCAUGUUAACCUGUUUCUUGAUAAAAUAGGAAAUAGGUAUUAUGGGAUAGCAAACCCUUAGAGGUUGCCGUAUUAUUAUUUUAUCAAGAAAGAGUUUUUAUCAGGACUGUUUUCACUGCCAUGUUUUAGUUUUGUAUGUUAUCGGAAUACGUUACGUAUUAAAUAUAUAUUAUGUUUAUUAG